CUGGUCAGGCCAAGAGACCCCACCUGUGCACGAAUUCAUGCACAGGGCCUCUAGUUUACUAUAAAGGCCUGGAGUAAUGCAGCCUCUCCCCACACAUUCAGCCUCAGCCUCAUCUCUUGCAAGUCGCUCACUCAUUCUCAAUGCUCCAGCCAUGCCCACCCAGCUUUAGUUCCCCAGAAAAACCCAUGAUCCCCAAUACCCUGGGGACUUUGCAUGUACAAUGAGUCCAGUUGGGGAUGAUGUGUGUCAUAGGCAAGCCACAAUUAUGGGACCAAUAUCAGGAUGGUAUAUUCUUUUUGACAAUUCAUUUUCCUACAAACCACCCCUUCCAACCACCUAAGGUUGCACUUACAACAAGAAUUUAUUAUUCAAAUAUUAAUAGUAAUGUUAGCAUUUGUCUCAGUGGUCUAAGAUCACAGUGGUCUCAGGCUUCAACUAUUUCUAAAGUUCUUUUAGGUAUUGGAUCACUGCUCUGUGAUCCAAAUCCAGAUGACCCCCUAGUACCAGAGAUGACAUGGAUCUUUAAAACAGACAGAGAUAAGUACAACAGAAUAUCUCAGGAAUGGACUCAGAAGUACGCCUUGUGAUGCUAACCUCAAAUCAGAUUAACUUGCAUUAUAUUUGAAGUAAACUUUAAACUACUGUUUAAAAAUCAUUGUGUGUGUGCCCUUUCCCAGGUCCCCCUCCUUUACCUAUUUAACCCCCAAUCCUCCUCUAACAUCACUUUCUCAGGUAACCUUCCCUGGCCCCAGAUCAGCCCAGAUCCCUCUGUUCCAUGUUAUCCUGAUGUUCUACUAUUUUCCUUCUCCAGCUGCCGUUAUCUACCUGUGUGCUGAUUUGAUUGUCCACCUUCCUCUCUAGACCACAAGCUCUGUGAAAUACAUGUAGCAGGGGCUUAAGAAAUUAUUGUAAUAAGUUAACUUGCCUCAUGUAUUUUAUUAGUCACUUUAGAUGCAUUAUCUAUUUAGGACCGUGUAUAGCUAAAGAAUACUAAAGCUGAGAGAAUCUUAAAUAACUUGCUCAGUCGGUGAGGACGAGCCUGAACUUUAUUCUAAGUCUGUCUGACUUGAGCUGACACUCCCGACCACCACCCUAUUCUGCACGGGAGAAUAACAGGUGACGUACAUGGAGUUGUGUUACUGUUAAGUUUUGCAAGAAUGUUUUUCUACUCAGUAUUUUCUGUUAUAUCAUUGUCUUAAUAUCCCUUCAACAAAAAUGGUCUUCUACAUGAUAGAUAAUUUUUUCUGAGCUUUAUCUUAUACAGAUUCUAAUUUCUAAUUAAUCUCUUAGCAUCCUUCUCCAACUUGGUUAUCUGGCUUCCCACUGUACUAUAUUAUGCCAUUCCAGGUAUAUUUUUCCUACUUUAUGCCUAUGUUUUCCUCUAACUUUUACAAAGCUGGAAUA